GGGCUCCGUACGUGACUACUCUGGAAACUUUAGACAAGUAUGACUGCGAUUUUUGUUGUCAUGGCGAUGAUAUCACCAUGACUGCAGAUGGGGUUGACACGUAUCAUCUUGUUAAAGCUGCGGGCAGAUAUAAAGAAGUAAAGAGAACAGCAGGUGUUUCAACAACAGAUCUCGUCGGCCGAAUGCUCCUCCUCACCCGUGAACAUUUCCGCCAGGGACAGUUUGAAUACAACGUAGCCAAGGAGCAUUCAUCCACCAUGGGCCAAGACUCCACAGCGCGCUCACCCUGGACCGGCUGCUCGCAAUUCCUGCCAACAACACAGAAAAUCAUUCAAUUCUCCGAUGGAUUAUCACCGAAACCAGGAGAUAAAGUCGUCUACGUCGCUGGAGCGUAUGAUUUAUUCCACGUUGGUCAUUUGGAUUUUCUGGAGAAAGCAAAACAAUAUGGCGAUUAUCUUAUUGUCGGUUUACACACUGAUCCAGUUGUUAAUCGAUACAAAGGCUCAAACUAUCCCAUUAUGAAUCUACACGAGCGUGUGCUAAGUGUAUUGGCUUGUAAAUACGUUAAUGAAGUAGUAAUUGGCGCUCCGUAUGAAGUCACCAAAGAUCUCAUGGAACAUUUCAAUGUAGACAUUGUGGUUCAUGGUACCACUGCGGUGAUGCAUGAUGUCUGCGGGAAAGAUCCGUUUGUGCUGCCGAAAAGCAUUGGGAAGUUCAAAAUUAUUGAUUCUGGCAAUGAUAUGACCACGGAAAAGAUUGUAGAGAGGAUUAUUCGCAAUAGACUUGAGUAUGAAGCGAGAAAUUACAAAAAAGAGCGGAAAGAGUUGGAGGUUUUGAAGUAUAUUAAUGGGAAUUAGUGGUUUACAUAUUUUUUACUCGACCAUGAGGAUAGAAUAUUGCAAAUUUCACUUUUUAGCUUGCAGGCUUUGAUUUUAAAAGCGCUGCUGGAUAUUUUAUUUAUAUUUUAUGUUUUUAUCUUUAUUUUAAGCAUAUAUAACAAGUUUAACUUAAGCUAUAUCGUCAUGACAAAGAUGCUGAAUAUAUGUACCAAAUUUGAUGGCAAAGAGGGCAUAAUUAUCAAGAUGCUACCAAAGAUUUUUGUUGGCUGUGAAAUUAGAGCGCUCUAAUACUAUACUCGUAGAUGAUGCUAGUUACAGAAAUGCAUUUAUGACAUGUAUAAUAUUAUAUUAUAAUAUCAAUAACAAAGACUUAGAUUUUAUUACUGUGAACUCGCUGGGCAGAAAUUUUCUAUAUUGUAAUUAUCACCUGAUUCAGUCAAAAAUUGGAUUGUUUUGGUUUUAAGUACAAAAAUGUUUGAGUUUUUGUGGUUAGGAUCACGAAAUGCAAGAAGUACAAGUAAUUUAAACAUGACAUGCAUUUAAAUCAACUGGCAGUGUUUAUAUUCUAAUGAAAAUAAAUUAUACAACCCCGCAAGCAUUGUGAUUUAAGUAAUUGCACAAUGCACUUAAGUCACAGCACACAUAUGCAUACAUUUGUACAGUUGUUUGUAGUUAGGUGUAGUUUUAUCUGUGUAUUUUGCAAAACAAACGGUAAACUGUUGUAAACUUGUAGCAUAGUUACUAUGUGGGCUAUUUUUAAGUUGGAUGCGCGCCGAAAUACGCGUGUGUGCAUAUUUCCAAAGAUAAAGUUGUCUAAAAUGCUAACAGUUUGUAUUUCAGUGAUAUACUUUUGCAUAUUUGUUAAGUAGUUGAUUCAAUUUUGUAAAUUUAUAUAAAUAUGUAUGUAUAUUAUGGUAAUAUGUAGUGGAAUUAACUAGUUAAUUAUUAUUUUACUAUUAAUAUAUGCGCGUUGUAGUUGAGUACAAAAAUAAUGUUGAGAUAAGUCUAGUAAGAUGGGAACACAUGAGAUUCGGAUUGAGAUUUGCAAAGUGCAGAAAUAUUGCUAAUGUUAUCGGAAUUUAUAUAUUUCAUACUAUAUUAAAUGGAAUUCUGAAUGGGA